AUGCCUAACUUCACCGAUGGUAAUGACGACAUUGAUGAUUUUUUACGUAGGUUUGAGAAAUUAGCAGGUUUGCAAGGAUGGGAUCCUAAUGACUACCAUGUUUAUCUCGGUUCACUCUUGGGAGGUAAGGCCUUGCAAAUUUACGUAAGUUUGCCAGACGAUGUCUUGAAAGAUUAUAGACAAUUAAAAGAUGCAUUGUUGAAGGCAUAUAACGUUGACGCAGACUCCUAUCGUAAAAAGUUCAAAGAAAGUAAAGCGGGUGAAGACGAAACUUACGUUCAGCUAAUUACGAGAAUGACCCAGUAUUUAGAUCACUGGUUAAUAAUGAGUGAUGUGGAGAGGGAGUAUAACUCGUUGUUCGACUUUUUGAUACGCGACCAGCUGUUGAGUAACUGCCCUCUUGACCUUCGCAUCUUUCUCAAAGAACGAACGUUCGUUAGCACAGUGGAAAUGGCCCAAGCAGCGGAUAGGUUUCGUUGCGCCCAUAGAGCUGUCAAAAGUCUUAAAACGCCUGUUAAAGACAACGCUGCUUUCAAGAAAGACCCGAAUGUUUCCCUUAAGGAUGUGAUUUGUCACCAUUGUUCUAAGGCGGGUCACAUACGUCCUUCUUGUCCCGAACUUAAAUUCUCGAAAUCUAAGACUUUUCAGACAGUAAAUGCUGCAUUUGAGGCUGACAUAAAUUACGAUCAGGGUAUUACGUGUGAAGGAUCGUUGUAUGGCAAGCCGGUAAAUGUACUUUUUGAUUCAGGUUGCUCGUCAAUUAUAGUGAAGGAAUCGCUCGUGCCCGCCUCCGUCAAGCGAGGAAAGGUAGUUACACUAUAUGACUACCUGGGGGAGCGGCGCGAAUUCCCCACCGCACGUUGUUUGAUUAAGAGUAAAUUCCUGAAUGGAUGGUUUAACGUCGUGGUCGCUCCGAUAAAAUUCACGGAUAUCCUCGUCGGUAUAGUGCCUGGUGUCAAAGUGUCGAGCGUGAACAUACCGAGUAUAAAAGUAACCGAAACACCUCAGAGGAGCGAUGUUAAUGCUGUCGCGACGCGGGCCGCCAAAGCGAAGGAAAAUAUCGGUCCUGAUAAAUUAAUAGUUCCUAAUUUUAAAUUUGAGAACGUCUCGAAACAAGAUUUCAUAGAUGCUCAGUCUUCCUGCCCUUCUCUAGAACACAUUCGUUCUAAAGAAAUAAGUAAAACCAUUGUCACUGUAAAAAGUCGCUCGACUGCAGAAAAAAUCUUCCUCGAAUUCUUUUGGCCAGGAGCAGACGCAGAGAUCAAACGCUACUGUCGCUCUUGUCAUGCUUGCCAGAAAACCGUUCCUAAGGGCAAGAUCAGAAAGGCGCCUAUGGUUCAGAUGCCAAUCAUUAGCGAACCGUUUUCCCGAGUGGCGAUUGAUAUCGUCGGGCCGAUCUCCCCGCCCUCUAGCCGAGGCCACAAGUACAUGCUGACCUUGGUUGACAUGGCCACCCGAUUUCCCGAGGCAGUUCCACUGAGAAAUAUAGAUUCGGUAACUGUUGCUGAAGCGUUGUUAACUAUUUUCGCUCGCGUGGGAAUGCCGAAAGAGAUUCUUUCUGAUCGUGGUACUCAGUUUAAGUCUGAUUUGAUGGCAGAGAUCAACCGACUGCUUUCUAUUCAAGCAUUAUAUACUAGUCCGUAUCACGCUUGUUGUAAUGGCACCGUCGAACGGUUUCACGCAGUAUUAAAAGCGAUGUUGAAAAAGCUCUGCAGCGAGCGACCUCAUGACUGGGAUCGUUAUAUCCCAUCUGUCUUGUUUGCGUAUCGGGAGAUUCCCCACGAUACGCUUAAAUUUAGUCCAUUCGAGUUACUGUACGGCCGUAAA